UUAGAAAGCACCCAUUCUGUUUCAUGUGUAAACUAUACAGAGAGAGAGAGAAAGGCGCCUCUCGCAAUCAUCGAUUUUACGUGUGUCGUGAUUAACACUUUGGGAGCCUCUGCAAUGAGAACCAGGGAUUGGAAUUAUAAAUCUGAAGAGAAUUAGCCAUCAUCAUUAUCAACAGCUCAAACGAGACAGCUGGACACAAGGACAUAGUAGCAUCGCUUUAUGCAUCUGAUUAGAUAGUCUCAAUGUUGCCCAACAAUUAUGCUGUGAAAUGGUAACCUUAUGCCAUGGGGAUCCUGUUUUGAUGAGGGAAAUGAAUAGCCUGACGGAUAUCCGACAGAGAUGAUAGCAGUUAUGAUAUUGACAAUAUUCAAAGCGGAUGAAAUUAGCACGCCAUUUGGCGGUGCUGAUGUUGCCUUUUCUGCACCAGUUCGAUGUCGUUGCGUGAGGCUGGGCACUAUGUUAGAUAUAGGAAAGACAUCGGAUGUGUGCAUGCGAAGACCAUGGUGUUUUAGCGCGUGUUGAAUUCUGUGAGCCUGUGAGAUGUAGCACAUCCCCGGUUUGUAUUCGUUGUAUUUGCGUCGAAAUAUGCAAUGCGACCCGAGGUGUGAGAAAAAUGCCUGUAGCUCAUGUCGUUGAUGCGCCGCACUCCGGGUCUCUAGCUGGGCUCGACAACGAUAGACUAACCUCAGUUUGUAGCUGAAGAGGAGACAAGCAAGUUGAUGAAUGCUUUACCACCCUACCUUUUUAAUUUGUAGCAAAAACAUAUAGCAAGCAUCUUCCUCGCCUCCAGGAUCUUUCCGGAUGUCUCUGCAAGACUAGGCAAAUCAGCCGGCUUGUUUUAAGUGAGGAAUCUGUUGCGCUCUCGUGCCGUGGAGAGCGCGGUUGGAGAGGUAGCCUACCCCAGCCCGUGGAACUGCUUGAUCAGCUUCCGUCUACGAGCCGAGGACCACACUGUAUACCAGCUCCCCGCUGAUGAUGGGAGGAAUGUUCUCACUAGAAACCUCUUGAGACUGAGCAACACCAGACAGGAGAGGAGAGACGGAGACAGACCAGACGCUGACACUGCGUGCCAGGUUAGGGCCUGGAUUCUUGCCGGCGCCUGUGGAUCUGGCCCAAAAAUACAAACCUUCCCUGUUUGGGCAUUUGUCUGGACAGGGACAUCCUCACUGUAAGCAGCUUGACGUUGCAGCUUGACGUUGUAGCAGCAAUUUUGCAGACAUUAGUAUUUUGGGGUCUGACCCUAAGCAGCGUCCCAAAGAGCCUCUCCAGGGGCCAAUUUAGUGAACCAGAGACUAGGCAGUGGUCACUAUGCAGGUUUCUUUCGCCUGCACUGAGCACAACCUGAAGAGCCGCAGUGAGGACCGACUAUGUGGCCUUCGCACCGCGCCACCCCCUGGGGGAGGUGGUGGAGGGAGUAACCCAGGGGGUAAUGGCAACUACAACACCCAUGGCUCAGCCAAGCCCAGGGAGCAGUCGGGGUCCCGCCCGGUCCCCCAGGGCCAUGCCCACAUGAAGGAGGCCAUAGGGCGCCACAGCAGUAUGAAAUACAGGAACCUGGGGAAGUCUGGUCUGCGUGUGUCCUGCUUGGGGCUGGGCACCUGGGUGACAUUUGGAUCGCAGAUCUCUGACGAGAUGGCUGAGAACCUGAUGACCAUUGCCUAUGAGGCCGGGGUGAACCUCUUUGACACAGCAGAGGUGUAUGCCUCCGGCAGGGCUGAAAUCACCCUAGGGAACAUCAUCAAGAAGAAAGGAUGGAGGCGUUCUAGUUAUGUUGUGACAACCAAGAUCUACUGGGGAGGGCAGGCGGAGACGGAAAGGGGACUAUCCAGAAAGCACAUCAUUGAAGGUUUGAGAGGAUCCCUGUCCAGACUCCAGUUAGAUUAUGUGGACAUGGUCUUUGCUAACCGUAAUGACGUCAACAGCCCUAUGGAAGAGAUAGUCCGGGCCAUGACCUUUGUAAUAAAUCAGGGCAUGGCAAUGUACUGGGGCACCUCUCGCUGGAGUCCCAUGGAGAUCAUGGAGGCGUACUCAGUGGCGCGUCAGUUUAAUCUGAUCCCGCCAGUAUGUGAGCAGGCUGAGUAUCACUACUUCAAGAGGGACAAGGUGGAGGUGCAGCUCCCUGAGCUCUACCACAAGAUAGGUGUAGGGGCAAUGACCUGGUCUCCCCUUGCGUGUGGACUGAUCACAGGGAAGUACAGUGAGGGUGUACCAGACAUCUCCAGGGCUAACAUAAAAGUGCAGGGUUACCAGUGGCUGAAGGAGCGGGUCAACAGUGAGGAGGGACGCAAGCAGCUGGCCAAGAUCAAAGAGCUCCACCUAAUGGCCGAUAGACUAGGCUGCACCGCCGCACAGCUAGCCAUCGCCUGGUGUCUGCGCAGUGAGGGAGUGAGCUCAGUGCUGCUCGGUGUCUCCAAUACUGACCAGCUGAUGGAAAACCUGGGUGCCCUUAGGCUUAUUUCACAGAUGACUCCUCAGACUGUGGCUGAGAUUGACUCACUCUUGGGAAACAAGCCCCACUCCAAGAAAGAGUCGCGAACAUGAAGAGGAACCGAUGGAGUAAAGGACAGAGUCAGAGAAAGAUGACGAAAAGGUGAUGACGUCGAGGAACAUUGCUCUUUCACCCUCCAGUAUAAUCAACAACCUGCAUGUCCUCAGCAACAUUGUGCUUCCAGUAUUUGCGCAUAUCCAUUCGGCGCAUUGCAUUGUAUCAUGUAUGAAAAAAAAAUCUAUAUUUUAAUGUGCAAAAACAAUGACUAGAUCAGAUAUAUUACAGAUCCCUCACUGACUGAUAAUGUCCACAAACAGAAGGUGAGGCAGGUAGCCUAGCGGUUAAGAGUGUUGGGCCAGUAACCGAAAGGUCGUUGGUUUGAAUCCCUGAACCGACUAGGUGAAAAACCGUUCGAUAUGCCCUUGAGCAAGGCACUUAACCCUGUAAGUCACUCUGGAUAAAGGUCUCUGCUAAAUGACGUAAAUGGGAGGCCAAAUCAUGGAGCGUUUGGUUUCUUCCAGAAAGACCAAUGAGGGUAAAGUUGGAGAUAGGAGGUAGUUAAAUGGAGACGCUCAGUAUCGUCAAGCAAACUGCACUCUACUUUAUCAACAAUGAGAUGAGAACUUUUUGAUGCCAUGAAGCAACUUGAGACACAGCUCUGCACUCUCCCACUGACUGUGUGACCGGUGCUGUCAUAGCGACACUCUUUUUCCACAGUUAGUGAGUCGCUAUGACGUUUAAUACCCAGCAGAGAGCCAAAGGUUAGCAGCACAUAGGUGUCUGGCUUGUCAUCUCCUUAUGUGACUGGCCCGUCACUCUGUGUCCUUUAACAGCAGUGUCUUCCUAGGUGUCUUCUCUGUGUGUAAACUGUGUGCAUGUCCCUUUAAGAGAGACCAGCCCAAGCAGGGUGUAAAUAUGGCAUGGCUUUUGUGGUUUGUGUAGAUUUGCAGUGCCCCUCUAAGCAGUCGUUUUGCACUAGCAGGUGGGACGGGCUGAUCCAGGCUCUGCACUGGCGGGCACAUCUUGGAGCUUUACUUUAAUUACUCUCUGCAAGCCCGCUGACAGGGUCUGUGUCUGUGUGACGUGUGUAUUGUCCUCCACGUCAAAACAAUUUCUGCGUCAAUAACAAUGACAACUAAGGCUUUUCCUGCUUGUUUGGAAGAGCCUAUUUACUCAUCCACUAAAGACUGUGGAGAGUGGACCCCUAAUGAAAGGUACUGUAGGUCAUUCUUCCUCAGCCUUAGACAGUGGGUACAACCCACUGUGGUAAACUAGCAGUCUUUCAAUGUGUUUUUGUUGCUUUGCUUUAACAUUUUAAAUGAGGCCACAUAACAUGCAAAUCCUGACCUUUACAUGAAGAAUUCUUCUGUCUUCAAUGUGCAACGUUCGCCCCAUAAUGUCCCGUGUGUUCUAUCUCACUGGGAAUGAGUCAGACAGAGAGGGGUAGCAGAGUGAACUCAAGUGUGUCUGAAUUGAGAAAUGAUUGGCACCCUUGAUAAAGAUGAGUAUAGAAGACUGUAUAAAAUAAUAAGACAAAUACUGAGCUAUAUAGUACGCAAAAGAAAUGGGGAAAUUAUAUAAUUUUAUACAAAUACAAUUUCUCAGAAAAUAGAUUUUGUUUAACAAGUAAUCAUUUUGUUAAAAAGAUGGGGGUCAAAAUGAUUGUAAUCUCUGUUUUCAAUACUCCGGCACCCUCCCCUUCCGAGGAUAACAGCAUUGAGCCUUUUUCUAAAAUGUUUUAUGAGAUUGGAAAACACAGGAUCUUAGACCAUUCCUCCAUAAAUAAUCUUUCAAUAUCCUGAUAUCCUUUGUCUGCGUUUAUGGACUGCCCUCUUCAAUUCAAACCACACGUUUUCAAUGGGGUUCGACUUCAGAGACUGAGAUGGCUAUAAACUGUAUGGCCAUCUCAGUCUCUGGACGUGAACCUCAUUGCAUUGCAAAAUGUUGAUUUUGUGGUCAAUUAACCAUUUCUUUGUUUAUUUUGAUGUGCGCUUGGGGUUAUUGUCUCGCUGGAAGAUCCACUUGUGGUCAAGUUUCAACCACCUGGCAGAGGCAACCAGGUUUUUGGCUAAAAUAUCCUGGUACUAAUUAAAGUUCAUGAUGCCGUUGACCUUAACAAGGGCCCCAGGACCAGUGGAAGCAAAAUAGCCCCAUAACAUCAAAGAUCCACCACCAUAUUUUACAUAUUUCACAUCUGCAUCUUUCUUUCAACACCACACCCACCACUGGUAUGUGUGGCCGAAGAGCUCUAUUUUCAUGUCAUCUGACCACAGCGCCGGUUCCAAUCCAAUUGCCAAUGUUGUUAAGCAUACUCCAGGCAUUUACAUUUGUUGGAUGACGUGAAAAUAUAGGUAUUUGGCCACGAGAGUAUUGAAAACAGGGAUGCCCCUAUCUUUUUCAUGUUUGUUUUUUUACUUGAUAGACAAUCUCCUUCUCUGACCAAUUGUAUUAGUAUAAAAUGAAGAUAGUACAUGUAGUUCAGUAUUUGUAUUAUUAGUUUUAUAGUCUUUUUUGCUCAUCUUAAUCAAGGAUGCCAAUAAUUCUGGAGGUGACUGUAAAUAAUAAUUUGGAGUUUGUUUAAAUGCAAUGUGCUUUUUUGCACUUCUCUGGGGAUGAGAUUUAGACAGCGUUGUGUUGGGAGCAGAUUAUAUUGGGUGUUUCAUUGGGCAACCUGAACCCAGCUGCUUAGCCUAUUUCUGUAGUUCAUUGUAGUUUUUCCUUCCCAAUUGUUAUUAUUCUUUCCCAAUUGUAUUAUAACUUUCAGUCAAUUUUCGUCUCUAUUUAACUUCUGUUAAUUACAUGUAGAUAUUACUCCUAGUACCAGGACGUACUCCUGUUAUGUGAACCUCUCAUGUAAACCCUUGGUUUGUGGUCAGGCUCAGGAAACGCUCCAGGGCACUAGUGUAUUUGGAAUGAGAGAGAUUUGUCCCACACUUGUUAUCCCCCUGUCAUUACUGAUGAGUGUUCUCUGUGCUUUUUGAUACUGGUUUGUUUGUGUUCUAAUCACUGGUGUAUGUAAAUACUAGAAUAUGGAAUAUUGGAAUAUGAAAAAUGUUGGAUUCUGAAGUGAGCAAACGACAGAUCUAACCAGAUUGACAUGUUGUUUUGUUCUGUGUUUAUGUAUUUUAUUAACAGGCUCUAAGUUGAACUGAAAAGCAUCCACCUAAUGUACAUAUAUGCCUAGAUCGCUCCUUAAGACUAACUUUGCCUGCAUAACUUAUAUUUUACUGUCUUGAAACAAAAAACGGAAAAAAGAGAAAGAAGCCUUGAAUGUAUUACUGUAUGCUUGCCCUUAAAAUAUCAGAAGAAAAUUAUACCUCAUAUGUCUUUUGGUGGUCAUGCAACCAGAUCUACUGGCAGCUUGGCAGGACCACACACACACACACACACACACACACACACACACACACACACACACACACACACACACACACACACACACACACACACACACACACACACACACACACACACACACACACACACACACACAAACACACAAACACAGUAGUUAUCAUGGUCUGCCUGCCUUUUGGCAAAGCUGAAAAUCAAGUAAAGAUUUUGCAUUGAUUUAAAAUCAUAUCAAGCUUCUGUAUAUCCAUGUUCCCCCAAGAACCAUUAAAUGGCUAAAAAAGUG